UGACAUCACCGUACCCAUCCAGAUUAAAACCCCAAAGACGAAUAAUCGUUCAGAUGUUGUAGUUUGUGGCUGAUCAUAUUCGGGGUUUGUCAAUCAUGUCAAUCAAUGCAACGCCGGUUUACCUGUCUGUGCGCUAUCACAAUUCGGUGUAGAUGUAACUAAAAGUUAGCAUUAACUAGCUAGCGUUAGCUAGGUAACGUUGGCUAACUGUCAUAAAUUGCCCGAGAAGCAAGCUAACGAGCUAACGCAAACUGGAAGAAGAGGCUCUUGUUCGUGGUUCAGGUAUAAAAUCAUAGAAGGAACUGCUGCAGUCCAACAACCAGCUACAUAAUACAAACUUCAGCCUGACUACAUUUCCAUAUUGAAGUGCCCUCCCAUUCACGUUAGCCAGAUUAGUUAAUGCUAGGUUAUAUAGGUUGAGUUGUGCUCUCAGCUAAACACCUCAAAAUGUAAUUUCUCGAAAGUAGCUAGAUUGUUUCAUUUAUGGCCGCAGUCUUUGUUUCGAGAUUCUUUCAACGACUAAAUAAAAGACAGACAACGAAACAACUCUGGACAAGUGUAACCCAGGCUUCGUCGGUGGUACUAACUCAAGCAGUAUUAAUGACCGCGCUGGCAGAAUUUGAGCCACUUGUAAAGAGUAUAAAGAUUGAAAUUGGUCUUCAUCAAAGUUCCCCUUCAUCUUAUUUCAAAGGUGCACUUUUUAGCAGUCGGGGGAUUGAUGAUGUGACAAUGGAUCAAGAAAAUUACAAAGAGAAAAGGAACGAUAUGCAGCCUAAGACUGGAACGGGGGCCCUGCGGGGGGUCAAGUCAAAAGUUUCACAUCACAGAAUGGGCUCCAAACAGCAACAGAGGUUCAGGACUGUGCUUGAAAACUGGCUCAUUAAGCCCAAAAAAAGUUUAAGCAAAGCUGAAGUUUGUGACGUUCAAGAGGAUGUGGAGAUGAGCGAUGCAGGUGGCUCACAAUGCUUUCCAGCCCAGUCUUCGGACAUGGAAAGCCCCAUCUCCAGAGAACCUGCUGACAUUGACAUGGAUGCAGACACCCAUCAUCUGACACCACAAGACUUUGAGGAAGACGAUCCUGUGUCAACAACCUCUAAAGAUUGUAUGGCUGAUGGACGAAUGCAGCAAGUGUUAAACAGCAAUUGGAAAUUAGAAAAUCAAGAAAUGGACGGGUGCUCAGGAGGGUCAAAAGGUACAUCGACACCAGAUUUACCUUGGGGAUGGGAUGAUUCGAAAGGAUCUCCAGAAAAGCGAGAUGGAGACAAUGAAGCCACAGGUGUCACAUGGCUGGGGACCCCCAUCAGUGAGCUGUGGAGAAUGCCUGAAUGUGGUCAACCUCUUCGUCAAAUUAAAGAUGUUCCUGGCCGGCACACUGUGUUGAUAAGGACAGACCUCCUUCGGCAGGACAAAGUCCCUCUUCCAUAUCCCACCAAGUUUGUGGAUACCUGGGAUGAUGUCCACGUGAAGAUGCCCUGUUCAUCGAUGAACUUGUUUCCAGUGGUGAAUGAGAGGGAGCUUCCACAGGACACACGGGAGGUUGAGAAUCAGAGCCGAUGGGAGUUGAUCAGAGAGACGUUGACAAAGAAAUGUACCAACCCAUAUGAUUUAAAAAACAGGAUCUUGAAAUACAAUGCUGCAAAUGCCAAGAAAUGGGACUUCUCAGCAUUACAUUUGUACUGCACCAAGGUCCUGGAGCUUGAUGCUGUGCAACAUCUGUUUGGUUCCCUGCUGCCAGCUAUGGUGCAAUUAGCUCUCAGAGCAUCCGAGCUGUGUACCAAGCCGAUACCCCUCCUUAAGCAAGGGAUGGAGCACUCUAUCACCAUGUCUCAGGAGCAAGUGGCGUGCCUCCUCGCCAACGCCUUUUUCUGCACCUUUCCCCGACGCAACUCCAGGAAAUCUGAGUACUGCAACUACCCAGACAUCAACUUCUUCAGACUGUUUGAGGGGGCCUCCACGAGGAAGAUUGAGAAGCUCAAAACUCUGAUGUGCUAUUUCAAAACUGUCACCGAACAAAAGCCAACGGGACUUGUGACAUUCACACGCAAACGGUUGGAUAGACCUCCAAGUUGGAAAAGCUCACAGUCUCAGCUCACAAGGCUCCACAUCACAUCUGAAGGGACCAUUGAGGAUGAUGGGUACGGGAUGCUGCAGGUGGAUUUCGCCAACCGGUUCGUGGGUGGAGGUGUCACUAGUUCUGGCUUGGUUCAAGAAGAGAUCCGCUUUCUGAUCAACCCUGAGCUCAUUGUUUCUCGACUCUUCACCGAAGCCCUGGACUCCAACGAGUGUCUUGUCAUCACAGGUACACAGCAGUACAGUAAGUACAGAGGCUAUUCACAGAGCUACAAAUGGUUUGGCAGCCAUCAGGAUACAAUUCCAAGUGAUGAUUGGCAGAGAAAAUGCACAGAGAUUGUGGCCAUUGAUGCGCUACAGUUUGGGAGCUUUCUGGAGCAGUUUCACCUGGCUAGAAUCAACAGAGAACUCAAUAAGGCCUACUGUGGUUUUGCCCGUCCAGAGGACAGAAGCCAGAAACUGUCGGCUGUGGCCACUGGGAACUGGGGCUGUGGGAUUUUUAGGGGUGACACCAGGCUGAAAGCUCUGCUCCAGAUGCUGGCAGCUGCCGAGGCAGGCCGCGAUGUGGCCUAUUUCACCUUUGGUGACAGCAAGCUCAUGUCAGACGUCCACAGGAUGCACUCUUUCCUCACUGAGAGGAAUAUGUGUGUCGGAGAGGUGUACGAUCUCCUGGGGCAGUACUACAGCUCGGUGUGCAAGAGCUGCCGGGGUCCCUGCCCUGACGUCAGCCUCUACUCCUUCAUCUACCAGCAGGUUGGCUCCUCCUCGGCGCCUGAUGACUCUGAUGAGGACUCGGCCAGACAGCCCGUCCCCACAGACUGCCAUUGAGGUCAGGUGGCCGAUGAGUCACUGUGCCUCAUCUCCUGAAAACAAAACGGCUUUCGCACUAAGAUAUUCUCCUAGGGAUUUCAUUCUGUGUUUCUGUUUUUAUUCUUUGUAUCAGAUGAACUUUGAAUUAACAAUGAUGGAUGUAUCAGAUGCCAUUUCACCCAUUGACAGCCCAAAAUGGAAACCUUUGAAGCAUGCAGAUCAUUUAGAGGAGGAACAAUUUAAGCGCUUUAGAUCCUCAGCUACCAAAUGCCCUUGCGUGGUGCAGGUCGUGCUUAUUCUGCUGCUACUGCUGCUGCUGCUAAUGCAUCUAUGGAUUGAGCCACAACGUGAUGCAAUUGUGACUUUAAUGGUGAAGCAAAGGUUGCCAUCCAUCUUCCGAGUUUGUCAAGUUGCCUUUUUUACACCCACACAUAUCCAGUCUAAUUGAAUUGGCUGUCAGAAAUCAAGUUAGAGGGAGAAAAAAAAUAUGUAACUGGCUUUGCAAAGCUUGGAGCAGUCUUAGUAUAAAGAGCAUUCUGGCUCUUAGGGAAAUGAUGUGUUACCCUCUGCAUUGUACUGAAAUCUAUAUUGGCAAAUCUACUCUGGCUCCGAUCCCAGCCGCAUUCAGCAUUCAUCUGGUUUUUUUUUGGUUUUUUUUUUAUUUACAUUUAUUUUCCUCAGCUAGAUCAUUUGGGUUGGGUUUUUACUUUUUUCAGCCAGCUAAUAUCAGGGUGGAUCUGCUGUUUUCGAAACCUAAUUGUUGCUGUGUGAGUGCACUAAAAUGAAAAUAAAAAAUUGGGCCGAUUAUUUGUUUUGUAAACGAGUCUAAAUAAAAUUUGUAAUCAGUUUUGAAAAA